CGAUACUUUUUUUUUCUCUCUUUUCUUUUCUUUUCUCUAACACCGGGAGGAGGCAGACAUUUGAAGCCACCAAGCAAAGCGGGAGGGAGAGCUUCGCUUUUCGCAGCCGUUUCCCCCUGAUUGCGCUAUUGAGAGACCUUUUUUUAAAAGGGGGGGAGGGAGGGAGACCCUUGGAAAUGCAGGGAGGGCUUCCUGUAAUGCCUUCCUGAUCGGUUUCUCCCUAGAGAAGGGGGCAAGGCGGAAGCUGUGAAAUUGGGGAAGCAGCUCCGUUGGUUCUGGCGCUGAGGGGGUUGACUGACAGUCUGCAGUGCAGUGGAGUUGGCGGGGCUCCCUAUAUGGCUAAGGAUUUAGCUAGAUGCUAAUGCCAAUCGGGCAAAGGAGCUGAGGUGAGCCUGCGAGCUGCCGCCGAAGAGGCGAUCGGAGGCUGAGCAGAGCGCUCCCCCCACCCCACCCCACUUCCAGAGCCAUGGCUGAAGGGGGCGAAGGAGGCGAAGACGAGAUACAGUUCCUACGAACUGAUGAUGAAGCUGUUCUUCAGUGUGUAGCCAACAUACAUAAAGAACAGCGCAAGUUCUGCCUGGCUGCUGAGGGGCUUGGGAAUCGCCUCUGCUUUUUGGAACCAACCUCAGAAGCUAAAUAUGUCCCUCCUGAUCUUUGCAUCUGUAAUUUUGUACUGGAGCAGUCUUUAUCUGUCAGAGCCCUCCAGGAAAUGCUUGCCCACACAAGAGACACUUCCAGGGAAGGGUUUAUGAGAAAGGCAGCGCAAGGAGGUGGUCACAGAACCCUGCUGUAUGGCCAUGCGAUUCUGCUUCGGCAUUCUUUCAGUGGAAUGUAUUUGACAUGUUUAACAACAUCAAGAUCUCAGACAGAUAAACUCGCAUUUGAUGUGGGCCUACAGGAAAAUGCAAUAGGUGAAGCAUGCUGGUGGACCAUACACCCUGCUUCUAAACAAAGGUCAGAAGGAGAAAAGGUACGGAUUGGAGAUGAUCUUAUUCUAGUUAGCGUGUCCUCGGAAAGAUACCUGCAUCUUUCUGUGGCAUAUGGAAACACACAAGUAGAUGCUUCCUUUAUGCAAACACUCUGGAAUGUGCACCCCACUUGUUCAGGAAGCAACAUUGAAGAAGGAUACCUACUUGGUGGUCACGUAUUACGUUUGUUUCACGGCCAUGAUGAAUGCUUGACCAUUGCAUCUACAGAACAGAACGAUUCACCACAUAAGCGGAUCUUUUAUGAAGCUGGGGGAGCUGGAGUCCGUGCAAGAUCACUAUGGAGAGUAGAACCUCUUCGAAUAAGCUGGAGUCGAAGUCAUAUUCGCUGGGGACAACCAUUUCGCCUUCGACAUAUUACAACAGGACAGUUUUUAGCAUUGACAGAAGACCUGGGUCUUGUUUUAUUAGACAGAGAAAAGGCUGACACAAAAUCAACUUCCUUUUGUUUUAGAGCAUCCAAGGAAAAACUGGAUUCUGUUCACAAACGUGAUAUAGAGGGCAUGGGAUUUCCUGAGAUAAAGUAUGGAGAUUCUGUUUGUUUUGUGCAGCAUGUAGCUAGCACUUUGUGGCUGACAUACAAAGCACAGGAUGCUAAAACAUCACGUUUAGGACCACUGAAAAGAAAGGUUAUAUUACACCAAGAAGGGCACACAGAUGAUGGACUCUCCUUGCAAAGGUGUCAACACGAAGAAUCCCAGGCUGCUAGAAUUAUUCUCAAUACCACAAAAUUAUUCAGUCAAUUUAUAAGUGGAAACAACAGUGUUACAACUCCCAUCACUCUUCCCAUUGAAGAAGUAGUUCAGAAUCUACAAGAUUUAAUUACAUAUUUUCUACCUCCAGAAGAAGAGCUAGAACACGAGGAUAAACAAAACAAACUUCGUUCUCUUAAAAACAGACAAAAUCUAUUCAAAGAGGAGGGGAUGCUGGCAUUGGUUCUGAACUGCAUUGAUCGAUUAAAUGUAUACUACAGUACCGCUCAUUUUACAGGGGUUGGUAGGGAAGAAAAUGGGGCAGCGUGGAAAGAAAUUCUGAAUCUUCUUUACAAGUUAUUAGCUGCUCUCAUUUGUGGUAACAGAAACAAUUGUGCCCAGUUUUCCAAUAAUCUUGAUUGGUUGAUUAGUAAAUUGGACAGACUAGAAUCUUCUUCAGGUAUUUUAGAAGUGUUGCGCUGUAUCUUGAUUGAAAGCCCAGAAGCUUUAAAUUUGAUAGAUGAAGGCCAUAUAAAAUCCAUCAUCUCCCUGCUGGAUAAGCAUGGACGCAACCAUAAGGUUCUUGAUGUCCUGUGCUCUCUUUGUCUCUGUAAUGGUGUAGCAGUGCGUGCUAAUCAGAACUUAAUAUGUGACAAUCUUCUUCCUCGAAGAGAUCUGCUGUUGCAAACACGGCUGGUGAAUGAUGUGACAAGCAUAAGGCCAAAUAUAUUUCUUGGAAUUGCUGAGGGCUCGGCCCAGUAUAAGAAAUGGUACUUUGAACUAAUCAUUGAUCAAGUGGAACCAUUUUUGACAGCAGAACCUACACAUUUGCGGGUUGGAUGGGCCUCAACAUCAGGCUAUGCGCCUUAUCCUGGAGGUGGGGAAGGAUGGGGAGGAAAUGGUGUUGGUGAUGACCUGUACUCUUAUGGCUUUGAUGGACUGCAUCUGUGGUCUGGUCGAAUAUCCAGGGCUGUUGCAUCCGUGAAUCAACAUUUAUUAGCAUCUGAUGAUGUGGUCAGCUGUUGCUUGGAUUUAGGGGCACCCAGCAUUUCUUUCCGUAUUAAUGGACAACCAGUGCAAGGAAUGUUUGAAAACUUCAAUACUGAUGGACUUUUUUUCCCUGUGGUGAGCUUCUCAGCUGGUGUCAAAGUGCGUUUCUUAAUGGGUGGCCGCCAUGGAGAGUUCAAGUUUUUACCUCCUACCAGCUAUGGACCUUGCUAUGAAGCUUUGCUUCCAAAAGAAAAAAUGAAAUUGGAACCAGUAAAAGAAUAUAAGAGGGAUUCUGAAGGAAUUAGAGAUUUGCUUGGUACUACUCAGUUUCUUUCCCAGGCUAAUUUUAUUCCUCGUCCAAUUGAUACCAACCAGAUUGUUUUGCCUUUCCAUCUUGAAAAGAUUAGAGACAAGCUUGCUGAAAAUAUUCAUGAACUCUGGGGAAUGAAUAAAAUAGAACUUGGUUGGACCUAUGGCAAGAUACGAGAUGAUAAUAAAAGGCAGCAUCCUUGUCUGGUGGAAUUUUCAAAAUUGCCUGAAACAGAGAAGAACUAUAAUCUGCAAAUGUCAACAGAAACUCUAAAAACUCUUUUGGCCCUUGGAUGCCAUGUUGUUCAUGUAAAUCCAGGUGCAGAAGAAGAUCUUAAGAAAAUCAAGCUUCCUAAAAAUUACAUGAUGACAAAUGGGUACAAGCCAGCUCCUCUUGAUCUUUCUGAAGUUAAAUUGUUACCUUCGCAAGAAAUAUUAGUUGAUAAACUUGCAGAGAAUGCACAUAAUGUUUGGGCAAAAGAAAGAAUAAAACAAGGUUGGACCUAUGGUAUUCAACAGGAUCUUAAAAACAAACGGAAUCCUCGGCUGGUUCCUUAUGUGUUAUUGGAUGAGCGCACUAAAAAAUCAAACCGGGAUAGUCUUCGUGAGGCUGUUCGGACCUUUGCUGGAUAUGGAUAUAAUAUUGAGGCCCCAGAUCAGGAAAUAGCUGAUCAAACAGUGGAAAAAGUGCGCAUUGAUAAGAUACGUUUCUUCAGAGUGGAGAAAUCUUAUGCAGUUCAGACUGGAAAGUGGUAUUUUGAAUUUGAAGCUGUAACUGGAGGGGAUAUGCGUGUUGGAUGGGCAAGGCCAGGCUGCCAACCUGACAUAGAACUAGGAGCUGAUGACCAAGCAUUUGUAUUUGAAGGCUCCAAAGGGCAACGUUGGCAUCAGGGGAGUGGAUUCUUUGGACGAAACUGGCAAGUAGGAGAUGUAGUAGGCUGUAUGAUCAAUCUGGAGGACAAGUCUAUUAUAUUUACACUCAAUGGAGAAUUACUUAUAACCAGUAAAGGUUCAGAACUUGCUUUUGCUGACUUUGAAAUAGAUAAUGGUUUUGUUCCUAUAUGCUCACUGGGUUUGUCUCAGAUUGGCCGAAUGAAUUUUGGAAGGGAUGCCAGCACUUUCAAAUACUAUACAAUGUGUGGGCUUCAAGAAGGUUUUGAGCCUUUUGCUGUCAACAUGAACAGAGAAGUUGCUAUGUGGUUUAGCAAACGCUUACCAACCUUUGUCAAUGUGCCCAAAGGGCAUCCUCAUAUUGAGGUGACAAGAAUUGAUGGAAACAUUGACAAUCCACCACGUUUAAAAGUUACUCAUAAGACAUUUGGAACACAGAGUAGUAAUGCAGGCAUGAUGUAUUGUCGCUUGAGCAUGCCAAUUGAAUUUCAUUCGUCUUUUACAUACAGUCAUGGUUUUGAAUUUGAGGGCUUCUACAAAAGAAAACAGAACCAGGAAAUACCUAUUCAUGCCAAGACAUAUUACUACUCAGUGAAGAUCUUUGCUGGUCAAGACCCGUCUUCAGUCUGGAUUGGUUGGGUAACUCCUGACUACCACUUUUACAGUGAACAGUUUGACCUAAAUAAGAAUUGCACAGUAACAGUUACUUUGGGAGAUGAAAGAGGAAGAGUCCAUGAAAGUGUAAAACGUAGUAAUUGCUAUCUGGUUUGGGGAGGAGAAUCAUUUGUUAAUUCUCAAAGAUCAAAUCGUGGUAAUGUUGAUCUAGAAAUUGGAUGCCUUGUCGAAUUAGCUACUGGGAUGUUGUCAUUCACAGCCAAUGGAAAAGAACUGGGAACUUUCUAUCAGGUUGAGCCAAACACAAAACUAUUUCCAGCUGUUUUUUUACAGCCUACCAGCACAAACCUGGUACAGUUUGAACUGGGUAAAUUAAAGAACACCAUGCCUUUAUCAGCUGCAAUCUUUAAAAGUGAAGAGAGAAAUCCCAUUCCUCAGUGUCCUCCUCGGUUGGAUGUUCAAACACUCACACCAGUUGUCUGGAGCAGAAUGCCAAACAGUUUCCUGAAAGUAGAGACUGAUCGUGUCAGUGACCGCCAUGGAUGGCUAGUACAAUGCCUGGAACCAUUGCAAAUGAUGGCCCUUCAUAUUCCAGAAGAAAACAGGUGUAUUGACAUUUUGGAAUUAUGUGAACAAGAAGAUUUGAUGAGGUUCCACUAUCAUACUUUAAAGCUAUAUAGUUCUGUUUGUGCUCUGGGUAAUAAUAGAGUAGCUCAUGCUCUUUGCAGCCAUGUGGAUGUUUCCCAGAUAUUUUACACAAUAGAUAAUCGGUAUUUGCCUGGACUUUUAAGGUCUGGAUUCUAUGACUUGUUGAUUAGUAUUCAUUUAGAAUAUUCCAAGGAAGCAAAACUCAUGAUGAACAAUGAAUUUAUCACUCCUGUUACAGAUGAAACCAGGAAAAUCCGAUUAUUUCCAGAUGGAUCAAAGAAACAUGGCUUGCCUGGAGUUGGACUUAGCACAUGCUUGAACCCAAAAUUUAAAUUCUCUACCCCUUGUUUCAUUUUGUCCAAUGAGGAUCAUCAAAAGCCUAGUCCAGAAAUACCACUAGAGAUUCUUAAGACAAAGACCAUAAGCAUGUUGACAGAAGCAGUCUACUGCAGUGGAGCACAUAUACGAGACCCUGUUGGAGGGAAAGUUGAAUUCCAGUUUGUUCCUGUUCUGAAACUUAUAGGAACUUUGCUUAGAAUGGGAGUUUUUCAUGAUCAUGAUGUUAAACAGAUUUUGCUUCUAAUUGAUCCAUGUGUAUUUGGUGAGAGCAAAGAAGAAGUAAUGGAGCAAGCAGAGAAAGAGGAUGUCACCCAAAUAGAAGAAAAAGCAGUAGAGGCUGGUGAAAAGGCCAUUAAGGAAACUAAGACCCCAAUAAAGGGGUUGCUGCAAACAAGAUUGCCAGAGUCGGUUAAACUUCAGAUGUGUGAGCUGCUCAAUUACUUCUGUGACUGUGAGCUGAAACACCGAGUGGAAGCUAUUGUGUCGUUCGCAGAUACCUUUGUCUUAAAGUUACAGUAUAAUCAGAAAUAUAGGUAUAAUGAACUAAUGCAAGCCUUGAAUAUGUCUGCCGCGCUGACUGCCAGGAAGACAAAGGAAUUUCGCUCUCCUCCUCAAGAGCAGAUUAAUAUGCUGCUGAAUUUUCAGUUGGGGGAAGAUUGUCCUUGUCCAGUGGAGAUUCGGGAAGAGCUAUAUGAGUUUCAUGAUAAGCUCCUAAUUCAUUGUGGUAUUCCAUUAGAUGAAGAAAAAGAAGAGAAAGAAAACAUUUCGUGGGCUGGAAAACUAUGUUCUUUGAUAUAUAAAGUAAAAGGAAUACAAAAAACAGAAAAGAGAGAGGCAACAGAAGAAGAAGAAAAAUAUCCUAUUUCUCUGAAAGAGCUGAUAUCUCAAACUAUGGUUCGCUGGGCACAGGAAGAUCAGAUCCAAGAUCCAGAAUUAGUUCGCAUUAUGUUUAACUUACUUCGAAGGCAGUAUGAUAGCAUUGGUGAGCUGCUGCACGCACUGAGGAAAUCUUAUACUAUAAGUGCUGCCUCCGUGCAAGACACAAUCAACUUAUUAGCAGCACUGGGGCAAAUACGUUCACUUCUCAGUGUCAGGAUGGGAAAAGAAGAAGAAUUGCUAAUGAUUAAUGGCCUAGGAGAGAUAAUGAACAACAAAGUAUUUUAUCAGCAUCCUAAUCUUAUGAGGGUCCUGGGUAUGCAUGAGACAGUUAUGGAAGUAAUGGUAAAUGUGCUUGGAGGAGACAAAUCUCAGAUUGCUUUUCCUAAAAUGGUGGCAAGUUGUUGUCGGUUUCUUUGCUAUUUUUGCCGGAUCAGUCGCCAAAACCAAAAAGCUAUGUUUGAGCAUUUGAGCUACUUACUUGAAAACAGCAGUGUUGGACUUGCUUCUCCUUCUAUGAGAGGGUCCACUCCAUUAGAUGUAGCAGCUGCUUCAGUAAUGGAUAAUAAUGAGCUUGCCCUUGCAUUGGAAGAGCCAGACCUAGAAAAAGUUGUAACCUACUUGGCAGGCUGCGGUCUUCAGAGCUGCCAAAUGCUUUUAGCAGCCGGAUACCCUGAUAUUGGUUGGAAUCCCAUAGAGGGUGAACGGUAUCUCUCAUUCUUAAGAUUUGCUGUCUUUGUUAAUGGUGAAAGUGUUGAAGAAAAUGCCUGUGUUCUCGUUAAGCUUCUUAUUCGACGGCCGGAGUGUUUUGGCCCUGCUCUCAGAGGAGAAGGAGGAAACGGUCUGUUAGCUGCGAUGCAAGAAGCAAUUAAAAUUUCUGAGAACCCAGCUCUAGAUCUUACUUCUCAGGGUUGUAAGAGAAAAUUUCUAGAAGAAGAUGAGGAAGAGGAAGAGAUAGUCCACAUGGGCAAUGCAAUAAUGUCUUUCUAUUCAGCUCUUAUAGAUUUGCUUGGCCGCUGUGCACCAGAACUCCAUCUUAUCCAAACUGGGAAAGGUGAAGCUAUUAGAAUACGGUCAAUUUUGCGUUCCCUUGUGCCAACAGAAGAUUUAGUUGGGAUUAUAAGUAUUCCAUUAAAACUACCAACAAUAAACAAAGAUGGAACAGUCACUGAGCCAAAUAUGUCUGCAACUUUCUGUCCUGACCACAAAGCACCCAUGGUGCUUUUUCUAGAUCGUGUCUAUGGUAUAAAGGACCAAACCUUCCUCCUUCACCUUCUGGAAGUUGGAUUUUUACCAGAUUUAAGGGCAUGUGCUUCAUUGGAUACAAUUUCUCUAAGUACCACCGAGACAGCUCUUGCUCUAAAUAGAUAUAUUUGCACAGCUGUGUUCCCAUUACUCACACGGUGUGCUUCUCUCUUUUUGGGAUCUGAGCAUUACAUCUCGUUGAUUGAUUCCACUCUUCAUACAAUAUACCGUCUGUCCAAAGGGCGCUCUCUUAUAAAAGCACAAAGAGACACAAUUGAGGAAUGCUUGCUUGCUGUCUGCCACCACUUACGGCCUUCGAUGCUACAACAACUUCUUCGGCGAUUAGUUUUUGAUGUACCUUUACUUAAUGAAUACUGUAAAAUGUCAUUAAAGCUUUUAACAAAUCACUAUGAGCAAUGCUGGAAAUAUUAUUGCUUGUCUUCAGGAUGGGGAAAUUAUGGAACAGCAGCUGAAGAAGAAUUACAUUUGACGGAAAAACUUUUUUGGGGAAUAUUUGAUUCCCUCUCUCAUAAGAAGUAUGAUCCAGAACUCUUCCGAAUGGCCUUGCCUUGUUUAAGUGCAAUAGCUGGGGCUUUGCCACCAGAUUACUUAGACACUCGAAUUACUUCAUUUUUAGAAAAGCAGACGUCAGUGGAUGCUGAGGGAAAUUUUGAUCCGAAACCUAUCAGCACAGUGAAUUUUAUACUUCCUGAAAAGUUGGAGUUUAUUGUCAACAAGUAUGCUGAACAUACUCAUGAAAAAUGGGCCUGUGACAAGAGUAAUUGUGGAUGGAAAUAUGCUCCAUUACUUGAUGAAAAUAUAAAGACACAUCCCUUAAUAAGACCUUUCAAAACCUUGAUUGAAAAGGAAAAGGAAAUCUAUCGAUGGCCUGCCAGAGAAUCUCUAAAAACCAUGUUAGCAAUGGGAUGGAGUCUCGAAAGAAACAGGGAUGGAGAAAAUAUGACUCAGCAACGUGAAAAUGAAAAGCUACGUAGCAUAUCACAAUCUAGUCAGGGGAAUGGCUACAGCCCAGCACCUCUUGAUCUUUCAAAUGUUGUACUUUCCAGAGAACUCCAGGGAAUGGUAGAAAUAAUAGCAGAAAACUAUCAUAACAUUUGGGCAAAAAAGAAGAAAAUGGAAUUGGAAAAUAAAGGAGGAGGUGGUCAUCCAUUGUUGGUACCUUAUGACACGUUGACGGCCAAAGAGAAAGCUCGAGAUAGGGAGAAAGCCCAAGAACUAUUCAAAUUUCUUCUUGUAAAUGGCAUUGCCAUAUCUAGAGGCUUAAAUGACCUGGAAUUGGAUGCUUCAUCAAUGGAAAAGAGGUUUGCUUAUAAAUUUCUCAAAAGGAUCCUUAAAUAUAUUGACUCAGCUCAAGAAUUCAUUGCACAUUUAGAAGCCAUUGUUACCAGUGGAAAAACUGAGAAAUCUCCACAUGAUCAAGAAAUCAAAUUCUUUGCCAAAGUUCUGCUACCAUUAGUUGACCAGUAUUUCACCAAUCAUUGCUUGUACUUCCUCUCUUCCCCAACAAAGCCAUUCGGUAGUAGUGGAUAUGCUUCCAAUAAAGAAAAAGAAAUGGUAGCAAGCCUUUUCUGCAAACUUGCUGCUCUUGUUAGACAUAGAAUUUCACUGUUUGGUAGUGAUGCUGCAACAAUGGUUAGUUGCCUACAUAUCUUAGCUCAGACUCUAGAUACAAGAACAGUUAUGAAAUCUGGCUCAGAGAUGGUUAAAGCAGGAUUGCAUGCUUUCUUUGAAAAUGCUGCAGAAGAUCUAGAGAAGACAUCAGAAAACCUUAAACUUGGAAAAUUUACCCACUCCCGAACUCAGAUUAAAGGAGUCUCACAAAAUAUCAACUAUACAACAGUGGCACUGCUGCCUAUCUUAACAUCCAUUUUUGAACAUGUCGCUCAGCAUAAUUUUGGUACUGAUUUGCUUUUAAAUGAUGUCCAAAUUUCAUGUUAUAGAAUUCUUUGUAGUCUGUAUUCUCUUGGGACUGGAAAGAACAUUUAUGUUGAAAGGCAAAGACCAGCUCUUGGUGAGUGCUUAGCUUCUCUUGUAGCAGCAAUUCCAGUAGCCUUCCUCGAACCUUCUCUCAAUCUUUACAACCCCCUCUCUGUCUUCAACACAAAGUCAGCCAGAGAGAAAGCGAUUUUAGGCAUGCCUGAGACAGUAGAAGAAAUGUGUCCAGAAAUCCCUCAUUUGGAUGGAUUAAUGAAAGAAAUAAAUAGUUUGGCUGAAUCUGGAGCCAGGUAUACUGAAAUGCCGCACGUAAUUGAAGUGAUCUUGCCCAUGCUAUGCAACUAUCUGUCAUACUGGUGGGAAAAAGGACCUGAAAAUAAUUCAGAGAGUGACGGAUCUUGCUGCACAAUGGUAACCUCUGAGCAUCUUAGUAUAAUACUGGGGAACAUUUUGAAAAUCAUCAACAAUAACUUGGGAAUUGAUGAAGCAACUUGGAUGAAAAGAAUUGCAGUGUAUGCUCAGCCAAUCAUAAGUAAAGCCAGACCAGAUCUGUUGAAAAGUCAUUUUAUUCCGACUCUGGAAAAGCUAAAGAAGAAAGCAAUUAAAAUAGUGAUUGAAGAAGAACAAUUGAAAGCAGACAAUAAAACUGAUACGCAAGAAGCAGAACUUCUCAUUCUAGAUGAAUUUGCAGUUCUUUGUCGAGAUCUUUAUGCCUUUUAUCCUAUGUUGAUCCGCUAUGUAGACAACAACAGAUCAAACUGGCUUAAAAAACCAGAUGCUGAUUCUGAUGAACUUUUCCGCAUGGUGGCAGAAGUUUUCAUCCUGUGGUGUAAAUCACAUAAUUUUAAGAGAGAAGAACAAAAUUUUGUGAUUCAGAAUGAAAUUAACAAUUUGGCAUUUUUGACAGGUGAUAAUAAGAGCAAGAUAUCAAAACAGAUUGCUCCGAGGGGAACGGCCAUGCAAGUAAAGUCUGGAGGUCAUGACCAAGAACGAAAAAAAGCAAAACAUAGAGGGGAUUUAUAUUCAAUACAGACUUCUCUGAUUGUAUCUGCACUUAAAAAAAUGCUCCCCAUUGGGUUGAACAUGUGUACCCCUGGAGAUCAAGAGCUAAUUUCUCUUGCUAAGUCCAGGUACAGCUGUAAAGACACUGAAGAAGAAGUUAAAGAACAUUUACACAAUAACUUGCAUUUGCAGGAAAAGUCAGAUGACCCUGCUGUGAAAUGGCAGUUGAAUCUCUACAAAGAUGUCUUGAAAACUGAUGAACCUGCUGAUCCUGAGAAAACUAUUGAACGUGUGCAAAGGAUCUCAGCAGCUGUCUAUCAUCUGGAACAGGUUGAGCAACCGUUAAGAUCAAAGAAAGCAGUUUGGCACAAACUCUUGUCUAAACAACGUAAAAGAGCUGUUGUGGCUUGUUUCAGGAUGGCACCAUUGUAUAAUCUGCCAAGGCACCGUUCUAUUAACCUGUUCCUUCAUGGUUAUCAGAAAUUCUGGAUAGAAACAGAGGAAUAUUCCUUUGAAGAGAAACUCGUUCAGGAUUUGGCUACUCCACCCAAAACAACUGAAGAUGAGGAAGAAGAGGAUGAAAACCAUCCAGAUCCUCUACAUCAGAUUAUUCUUCAUUUCAGUCGGAGUGCUCUCACUGAAAGAAGCAAACUAGAAAAUGAUCCUUUGUACACUGCAUAUUCAGCAAUGAUGGCAAAGAGCUGUCAGAGUGAGCAAGAUGGUAAUGAGGAGGAAGAGGAAGAAGAAAAGGAGAAGACAUUUGAAGAAAAAGAAAUGGAAAAGCAGAAAACCCUCUAUCAGCAAUCCCGACUCCAUGAACGUGGAGCUGCUGAAAUGGUAUUGCAGAUGAUCAGUGCCAGCAAAGGCGAAAUGGGGCCCAUGGUAGUUGAAACCCUGAAGCUUGGUAUUGCUGUUCUAAAUGGAGGUAACUCCGUUGUUCAACAGAAAAUGUUGGAUUAUUUGAAAGAGAAAAAGGAUGCUGGUUUUUUUCAAUCUAUCUCUGGCUUAAUGCAAUCUUGCAGCGUUCUUGAUUUGAAUGCCUUCGAGAGGCAAAAUAAAGCAGAAGGCCUUGGAAUGGUUACUGAAGAAGGAACACUCAUCAUACGUGAGCGUGGUGAGAAAGUACUACAGAAUGAUGAGUUUACUAAAGAUCUAUUUAGAUUUUUACAACUGCUGUGUGAAGGUCAUAACAAUGAUUUUCAGAAUUACCUGCGCACACAAAUGGGCAAUACUACAACAGUGAAUAUUAUCAUUAGCACAGUAGAUUAUCUUUUGCGGCUUCAGGAAUCAAUCAGUGACUUUUAUUGGUACUACUCUGGCAAAGAUAUAAUUGAUGAAUCUGGACAAUAUAACUUCUCUAAGGCUUUGGCUGUAACCAAGCAGAUUUUUAAUUCACUAACUGAAUAUAUACAAGGGCCUUGCAUUGGAAAUCAGCAGAGUUUGGCUCACAGUAGACUAUGGGAUGCAGUUGUUGGCUUUCUUCAUGUUUUUGCUAACAUGCAAAUGAAGCUUUCACAGGAUUCCAGCCAAAUUGAAUUGCUGAAGGAAUUACUGGAUCUUCUGAAGGAUAUGGUGGUGAUGCUGUUGUCACUGCUUGAAGGUAACAUUGUAAAUGGCACAAUUGGGAAACAGAUGGUAGAUACACUGGUCGAGUCAUCGAGCAAUGUAGAAAUGAUUUUGAAGUUCUUUGACAUGUUUCUCAAGCUGAAAGAUUUAACAAGCUCAGAAGCCUUCAAAGAAUACGAUUCGGAAGGAAAAGGAAUAAUCUCAAAGAAGGAAUUUCAAAAAGCCAUGGAAGGUCAGAAGCAGUAUAUGCAAUCAGAAAUUGACUUUCUACUGUCCUGUGCAGAAACUGAUGAAAAUGAUAUGUUUAACUAUGUUGAUUUUGUUGAAAGAUUUCACAAGCCAGCCAAAGAUAUUGGGUUUAAUGUGGCAGUGCUCUUAACAAAUCUCUCAGAACACAUGCCAAAUGAUUCACGCCUUCAAACUCUAUUACAUCCGGCAGAAAGUGUCCUUAAUUAUUUUGAACCUUAUCUGGGACGUAUUGAGAUCAUGGGUAGUGCCAAGAAGAUAGAACGAGUUUAUUUUGAGAUUAGCGAAUCCAGUAGGACACAGUGGGAAAAGCCCCAAGUGAAAGAAUCAAAAAGGCAGUUUAUUUUUGAUGUUGUAAAUGAAGGUGGAGAGCAAGAAAAAAUGGAGCUUUUUGUCAAUUUCUGUGAGGACACCAUUUUUGAAAUGCAGUUGGCUUCUCAGAUCUCUGAAACUGAUACAAUUGACAGAAUUGAGGAGGAGGAAGAGAGUGAAGCUUGCUAUCUGAGGGAGGUUGGAGAAGACGAGAAAGAAGAACAAUCUUUUGAAUCAGCUUCAGCAUUUGCAAUGGCAUGUGAUGCAGUGAAGAAAUACGCUGCCACAAUUUUCAAGACCAUUAGACUGAAAAAUCUAAGGAAACAGUAUAGAAAAGUGAAAAAAAUGACCUUUAAAGAACUGGUGAAAGUGUCCUUUUCUUCUCUUUGGAUGCUAUUUAUAGGAUUCUUUCAAAUGUUUCUUACUAUAAUAUGGAGCAUUUUUCAGAUUCUUUGGAGUACUGUAUUUGGUGAUGGCCUAGUUGAAGGGGCCAAAAACAUAAGAGUUACCAAAAUUCUAGGAGACAUGCCUGAUCCAACACAGUUUGGAAUUCAUGACGAUGUGCUUGAAGCAGAAAAAGUGGAAAUUUUGGAACAUGGCAUUGCAGCUGAAAUCGUGCAGUUUGUAAAAAAAGAAAAAGGAGAAAGCGACCUCUUAUCAGAUAUUUUUGAUAUUUAUACAAAAAAGGAAAGUGGAUCAAAACAUGGUCAUGAUAUUGGCCUUGGGGACAUUGCUGGUAUUAUUGGAUCAGAAACACCUCCUUCUUUGGAAAGUGCAGUUCAUAAGAAGAAGAAAAUUCAGCUACCUGAAGUUACAAGGGAUGAUGAAUCAGAAACAAGAACAGAAUCUGAGAAGGCUGACAUGGAAGAUGGUGAAAAACACGAUAAGAUAAAGGAUGAUGUAUACUCUGAAUAUUUGGAAGUGGAAGAGCCUAAGAAAAGAAAACGACAUGGACACAAGUUAGAGAAGCCAGAAGCAGUUAUGGCUAAUUUUUUUAAAGUACUAGAGAUCUAUCAGACAAAAGUUUUGCACUAUUUGGCAAGAAAUUUCUACAAUUUACGAUUUCUCGCACUUUUUGUUGCCUUUGCCAUCAAUUUUAUUCUGCUCUUUUACAAGGUGACAGAAGAACCAUUUGAAGAAAUGGAAGAAGAUUCUGAUUUAUGGCAAUCUUUAGAUGAAGAUGAGGAUGAAGAAGGAAUGGUGUUCUUUGUCUUACAAGAGAGCACGGGUUAUAUGGCACCAACACUUAGGGCCCUCGCUAUUAUUCAUACUAUUAUUUCUUUCCUAUGUGUAAUUGGAUACUAUUGUUUGAAGGUUCCCUUGGUUGUAUUCAAACGUGAAAAAGACAUUGCUAGGAAGCUAGAAUUUGAUGGUCUAUAUAUUACUGAACAACCAUCUGAAGAUGAUAUUAAAGGGCAGUGGGAUCGUUUAGUCAUAAACACUCCAUCUUUUCCUAAUAAUUAUUGGGACAAGUUUGUGAAACGAAAGGUAAUCAACAAGUACGGCGAUUUAUAUGGAGCAGAGCGCAUUGCAGAACUCUUAGGUCUGGACAAAAGUGCUCUGGAUUUUAGUCCUGUGGAACAUACCGAACCAGAUGAAGCCUCUUUUAUUUCAUGGUUAAGUUCUAUUGAUGCAAAAUAUCAAAUCUGGAAGCUUGGUGUAGUUUUCACUGAUAACUCUUUCUUGUAUUUAGCUUGGUAUACAACCAUGUCCAUUCUUGGCCACUACAACAACUUCUUCUUUGCUGCUCAUUUGCUCGAUAUAGCUAUGGGUUUUAAGACUUUACGUACUAUUCUGUCAUCUGUAACUCACAAUGGCAAACAGCUCGUCUUAACUGUUGGACUCUUGGCUGUGGUGGUAUAUCUUUACACGGUUGUUGCAUUUAAUUUCUUCCGGAAAUUUUAUAACAAGAGUGAGGAUGAGGAUGAGCCAGACAUGAAAUGUGACGAUAUGAUGACUUGUUACCUGUUCCAUAUGUAUGUCGGGGUACGAGCAGGUGGAGGUAUUGGAGAUGAAAUUGAAGAUCCUGCAGGAGAUCCUUAUGAAAUAUAUCGAAUUGUUUUUGAUAUCACGUUUUUCUUCUUUGUCAUUGUUAUCCUACUGGCCAUCAUUCAAGGUCUUAUUAUUGAUGCCUUUGGCGAACUGAGAGAUCAGCAAGAGCAGGUCAAAGAAGACAUGGAGACGAAAUGCUUUAUUUGUGGAAUUGGUAAUGAUUAUUUUGAUACAACUCCACAUGGUUUUGAAAUGCAUACUUUACAAGAGCACAAUUUGGCCAACUACUUAUUCUUUUUGAUGUAUCUUAUUAAUAAGGAUGAAACUGAGCACACUGGGCAGGAGUCAUAUGUAUGGAAAAUGUACCAAGAAAGAUGCUGGGAUUUCUUCCCAGCUGGAGACUGCUUCCGUAAACAGUAUGAAGAUCAACUUGGAUAAAAAUACCAACAAAGAAACUACUAUAUUCAAUGUUAAACAAAAAUAGAAUUCUUACAAAAUAACGGCAUAACAUAAAUAUUGCUUAUGUUUGACCUCUAAGUAAAUGAAGUAGUCCAGUUUUAAAUUGAUCUAGAUUAGUUUUUUGUAUGUGGCAGAAACAGGCUCUGGAUUAUUUGGGUUAUUAUUUCUGUUUUGUUUGUUUUUAAGUGGGGCAGAGCAAAAAAUAAUGUUUAAACAUUUCAGUUCAGUACUUUAAUUCAGGAAUCAUUACUUGUUUUUUAUCAGUCCUUUGUAGAAAAUAAUAUAGUUGAAAGGGCUCUAUCAUUGUUUUGCAACUGAAGACUCUGUCAGGUGACAAUAACUUAAUCAUGGACUCAUAUGGUGAACUUAAUAUUUCAAUCAGCCUUGUUUUCCCUGUGCCAUUUCUUAGUGUAACAAUACAGACAGAAAGAUUUUAAGUAUUCAGUGCUUAAAAUUUCCAAGUAUUUUAUUGUCUCUAAAAUCUAAGUGCCUUAACUCUUUCCAGAUCUAGCUAUGCAAAAUACUUUUUUUUAAUGUUAGUCUUUUAGAUUGACAUUUUUGUUAUUUGACUGUGUUGCUUUCUGGUCUUACUGUAUGACAUGAAAUUUAGUCAUAUACUUGUUACAAAACUGCUUACUACAUGCAGCUGGUUUAAAAACCUGUCUUACAACUGAACAGAAUUAAACUAGUGAUUAGUUGCAAUGUUAAUGCGUUUUUUCCCUCAAAUAACAAUAUGCACUGCAAUAAAGAAUUUGCAAAACAAA